GUCAAACAGAAUUUUGAAUUACAAAAAUGGAGCUUAAUCCGUAACCGUUAAAAUACGAUAGCGUGAAACAAAACGUGUACCUUUAAACACAACAUUUCCAUAAUGAACGAUCACACGAAAACGUUGUUACACAACAGAAGAACAUCACGCGCACGAUAGAGUCGUGGUUAUCCGAGUUAUUUCAAUUAGGCAGGUUAUAAACCGCAGGAAUUUUACAAAAGAUAGUGUUCAUACGAAAGUUCGAACACUGAAAUUACUGUAUUUUUAUAUGUCAGUUUCAACUUUCUCAAUUAGUUUGAGAUGAACAAGCAAUUGUUAUGAAAUAAAGGUUCUUGCUCUGAUUGGAAAAGUUUUUGAUCAGACCGGCUGCUCUGACAAUCUACCCAAUCAAAUGUGAGAUAAAGAUAUUCAAGAUACUUUAAUUACAAAUGAACAAUAAAGAGGAUGGAUUUCCAAAACAGAGAGAAGGAAUUUGAAGCACAUUAUAAAAGAAUUUGUGGGAGAAAUAAACUACCCAUCAGCUAUGAGACCCAAGAAGAUGAGGAAAAAACAAAAAAAAUGGAAAUGUCUAACAAAAAGAAAGAACAACUGGAAAAGGAAAUGAGGACAGCAAAAUGUGAUUUAGAAGCGAUUCGGAAAAGUCUUGAUGGUGAUAGAAAUACACGUGCAACAGGUUCAAAUGAUCAAUCCAAAGAUAUUGAGAAAGAUUGUUCUUCCAUUUUUGAAUUCAAGUUUCACAAGCAUCAUUCUUCACAAUCUGAGAAAUUUUCCAAGGAGAAAAGUGAAUUGGAAGCACAAUUGGAUAGCAAGAAAAAAGAAAUUCAAGAGAAACAAAAGAAGAUAUUUGAAUUGCAGGAAAAAUGUAGUCAGAUGAAGCAGUUAGAAGCGCAACUUCAAGAAAAAUCAAAAAGAUUAGAGGCUUUUAAUAAGGAGAGAGAUAUUCUUGAAAGAGAAUUAGUUGCAACAAAAUCAGAAUUGAGUGGAAUAAAAAGAACAUUAGAGCUAGAACGUCAAGAAAGAAGAGAUUUAGAAACCAGAGCUUUAAGUUUAAUAAAAGAUGCUAAGCGUAAAUGGGAAAAUGCAGAAAAGGAAAAAAUUGCACAGUUAAACAAACAUAUUGAAACACAAACUGUAAGAAUUACAGAAUUAUGUACCAGUAACAAUGAGAUGAGUUCAAGAUUGCAAAGAACAGAAUGUGAACUUCAGACAGCAAAUGCAGAGUUACAUAAACUUAGAGUAUUUCAGAUGCAAUAUAAAGAAUCACUCGCCAAAACAAGGGAGCUUAACCGGCAAAGUGCACAAGGUGUUGAAACUAAACUGGAAGAAAUAGCUGCACGUGCACAUAAUCAAUUAGCUGAACUUAGAGCAAAAUUGGAUUUAGAAAUAGCCAAAAAUACAGAUUUAGAGACUAAAUUAAGAAAUGAACAAGAUUCCAAUCACUGUCGUGAAUCAAGACUGAAUGUUGCUUUAGAGUUGGCUCAAAAUGAACUAAAAGAUUGUCAAGAACAAUUACGUAGUAUACAAGCUACAAUACCAGCCAGGGAUACAGAGAUAGAAGCUUUAAAGAAACAAUUACAAGAAAGAGCAAAGCAGUUAGAUAAUGCUAUAACAUCAGAACAGGCAGUUGCCACAAUGCAGGAACAAUUAGAAAUGUCAAAACUUGAAAAUGAACAACUAAAGCAACAAUUACAGGUAAUAAAGUCUGACUUAAGUGAAACUAUGAUAAACUUGGAACAGAAUGAAGCUCUUGUUUUAAAUUUAGAACAAGCUACACAAGAUAAAGCUGCUCUGCAAAAGAGAUUGCAGGAUUCUCUUGAAAAAGAAGAAGAACAUUUACGUAAGGUUGGCAAUUUAGAAGAAUUAUUACGACGCUUGGAACAAAGCGUUACUAAAUUAGAAGCAGAAAAUGCUACUCUUAAGAUGGAAACUGUACAGCCAAGUACAAGUAGAAUAUCUGUAAUAAAAACGGAUACGCAUUUAGAAGAGCAAAUAGGAAAAUUAGAACAAGAACUUCAAACAAUGAAAGAAAAUUUAAACGUAGAACGUCAAACCGCGAAGCAAGCGCAGAUCAGUUUAUGGAAGAAGGAAAAAGAACUAUCAGAUGCAAAUUUAGAUAAGCGAAUUGCAACAAGAGAAAUUAAAAGAGCAGAAGAAAAAAUUAAAACCUUACAGGAAGAAAAGCAAAAAUUAAGUGAAAAAUUAGAUCACGCGGUAAAAGAGAAAGAAGAGAAGUCAAGAAAGUUACUUAAAGAGCUAGACAGUGCAAAAGCAUCAUUAAAUGACAUUACUAAAGAAUCUUCUAGAAAUAAAAUGCAAGCUGAUUCGGCUCAAAGAGCUUUGACUCAAUCCAAUCAUCAAAUAGAAGAACUUCAGUCUUCAAGUGCGUCGUUACGUAGGGAAUUAGAUGCAGCAAGGAAACAAUCAAGAGUGAAUCAAGAUCGUGUCGAUAGUUUAAGUACCGAAAACAAGCGUCUGACACAGAUUAUUACAAAACACACUGAAGAAAUACGUGAAUUAGAAUCCAAGAUAGAAAAAUUAGAACAAGAAAUUAGAGGCUAUGAAUUGAAUACUGAACUUCUGAAAGAAACAUGCACAGUACUUGAAGAACAGCUUACAGAUUACGAAAGAUUAACAAGCGAUCACGAAACGCGAGAAAAUAUAUUAAUUCAAGAUAAAAUGAAGUUACAAAAGGAUCUGGAAGCGACUGAGGCGAAACUUCGUGAAGCACAGACCAUACAAAAUGAAGAAAGAUCAUUGAGAUUGGCAGCAGAACGGAAUAUCGAAAGGCUUGAAUCUGAAACGAGCGAUAUAGAAAGCGAAAGAAAUGGUCUAAUCGCUCAGAGGGAUCAGUACAAAAAACUUGUACAACAGUUAAAUGAACAGGUCGAAAAUUUGACUAGUAAAUGUGGGGAAUUGGAAUGCGAUCUUUCAGAAAUGAAACGAGCUUUUGACGUCACUAAAGCCGAAACAAGAGUCGUUAAGGAAGAAAGUAGUCAACACUUAACUAGAGUUCACGAAUUAAAAGAAGCGAAUUUUGUGUUAAUGAACGAUUUGCAGAGCAGCAUUGACCAAGGUCAGGAACUUAGGAUGCGAAUCACAGAACUAGAAAGUAUCUUGGAGGAAAUGCGACAAUUCUAUCAAGAAAGAGAAGUGAAAGCUGAGAGUACUAGACAACAACAAACGAAGCUGAUAGAUUACUUGCAGUUCAAAUUAGAAGAGUGCAGUAAGAAGAAGAAAACAGUGUGUGAUAAAAUACUUGGUACUAAACAGAAAGAAAAUAUUCCUCCUAGUGGUACUGGAAUGCCAGUUGGAUAUCGUGAAUUAGAAAACCAAUUAGCGAAAGAACGUGCUAAAGUUAAAACAUUAACUGAACAGUUAUUAACGUUGAAAGCUAUGCACGCUUCGACUUCUGCUCCCUCGUCUCCUUCAGCACCGGAUAUUAAAAAUGUGAAUUAUACUAUGGAACCAUCGACCACUUCGUUAUCUAAACGUUUGUCUCCACAAAGAAUUGGACACCACAUUCCACAUCGAUUUGAAGUCGGUUUACCAAUGCGAGCCGGGAAGUGCUCCGCAUGUUUGGAUUCUAUUCAAUUUGGAAAACGCGCAGCAAUUUGCAGUGAAUGUCAAGUAAUGACACAUUUGAAAUGCGCGGUUAAUGUACCUGCUACUUGCGGUUUACCUGGAGGCUUUGCCAAACAGUUUGGUAAAAGUUGGAGAAAUAGUGAAGAAAGCUUAACGUCAAUGACUGCAAGCGUACAAACAUUAGCUAUAGAUCAACCGGAUAAACCCGAUACGGAUACCUGUGAUGUACAAUAUAAGAACAAUGACACGUCAAUGGAAAGUUGGGUGAAACUGCCCGAUCGUUCUAAAACUUGCUGGGAAAGAAAGUAUCUUAAGUUGGAAGGAACACAUUUAUGUACUUACGAUCAUCAGCCGUCUUCCGGAAUGGCACCAGUAAAUCGUAUCGAUUUAAUCGAGAAGAAUGGAUUUACUGUACUAGAUACAGUAACUCAUCCAGAUGUAAUGGGAACAGCAAAAUCGGAUAUACCAUUUAUCCUCAGAAUAGAAUCCAAUUCAUCGACCACUUGUUGGCCGACAUCACGUUUAGAUAUCAUGGCUUUAAGUCAAACUGACAAGAAGAAUUGGUUAAAGUCCCUGAAAUCUGUUACUAGUCAAAAUAUGAAUAAUGUUCAUAAAAGUAAAAAAUAUCAAACUAUAUUAAGACUAGAAAAGAAUCAAUUGGACUUAAAUUGUGCCGUCAAUUUAACUGAAGGAAAUGUACUCCUAUUGGGUGCCGAAGAAGGUCUCUUUUCCUACAGCGGUGCUAAAUCACGAACACUUACUAUGAUUCGGGGAGUGAAGAGAGUGCAUCAAUUAACUUUACAUCCCCAUUUAGGAAUUGCUUUAAUGAUAGCUGGUGAAAAUAGACAAUUAGUAUCUUGUAGUCUAAGGCAAUUAAAGAGUAACGCAAUAGCUGCCGAAUGCUCAAGGCCAGCAAUUAAUACAAAGGCAAUUUUAACUAGCACUGAUAGCUGCCAUUUAUAUCAAUUACAAGGAGAUAUGCUUUGUGCAGCAACUGCAUCUCAUGUAAUAUUGCUUAAAUGGUACAUUGAAGAAGAUUCUGGAGAAUUUGUUGGAGUUCGUGAACUUGAAACGUCUGAACCAUGUAGUUGUGCCAUAUUUACUCAAAAUGUUCUCAUAGUAGGAUGUAAUAAAUUUUUUCAAAUCGACCUUGAAAAUUAUUGUGUCGAUGAAUUUCCAGAAGAAGAUGAUAGCUCAGUCAAAGCUGCACUGUCAGGAGUAGCUAAACUAGGCAUUUUCCCAGUUUGUGUCUUAAACGUUUCUCUUGUACCUGGAAAAGUAGAGCUUUUGCUUUGCUAUAAUGAAUUUGGAAUGUUUGUGAAUGAAAAUGGCCAAAGAACUCGAAAUAUUGAUCCAACAUGGAAUCAUUUACCUUUUGCAUUUGCUUUCCGGAAACCAUAUUUGUUUAUCAUUCAUUUUUCAUCCGUGGAGAUCGUAAAACUCGAUCAAGAUGCGUAUACCUUAUCAACAAAGAAUCCAGAACGAAUCUUAAUCGAGUUAUCUAGUCCACGUUAUUUAGGAAUAGUUGGAUCAAAAGGAAUUUACAUAGCAACAAUGAAUUCUUUCUUGGAAGUAUUAAAAAUUGAAGGUUCUUCUAAUAUACCAGAAUUAAAUGGGAGUCUUACUAGUUUAGAUACUUUAGAUCAAGAGGACGAAAGUAGUUCAGAGUUCAGUUUUACGUCGAGUUUAAUGGAAGCCUUAGAUGGUCAAGGGAAAAAAGUACAUUUUACUAGCGUUUCCAAAUAUUAAUACAUUUUGAUACAAAAUUUAUAAAGAUUCUAUUCUUAAUGUAAUUG